GCAUUCGCCCGUCCGGUAGAAUGCUUGAAUCGUGUCACAUGGUGCUUAUUGUGCUGCAAGAUAUCCCAGGAACGUCAUUGAAGCAAGGUGACAUCAUCACCCACUUUGGCGAGGCCGAUUUGGGCAAAGUGCUCGGUACAGCGGACAGCGUACCUUAAGAACCCCCACUAAAGGCUCCUGCUCAUCAUGUUUUAAUAGUUCUGAAAUAUGUAUAUUUAUUUGUUUGUCCGGAAGUGCAUGACCGCGAUCGCCAUGCUUUCUGAAAUACUAUAUAAAAUACCAUACUUUUUUGUUUAAGAUGAACAUGAAAGUGCUAAGACUGCGUUUUGGUCUUGUUCUUGUUCGGUUUCAUCAAUCAUUAUAGGCACACCACUAAUGCUUCUACAGAAGUCCCCUAGUAACUACAUGCCGAGGCUGGGGCUCUCCGUUUGUUUGUGCAUGACGAGGCAAUCUCCGUUUGCUUGUGCUGCAGGACGAGGCGUGUUCUUUGUCUCCGUCUGUCUAUCUGUCUUUGUAGGCUUUGUAAGUACUUACAUGACGAGGCGAUCUUCGUUCGUAGAAGCCCGUUUCUCUAACUUGUGCGACCAGAAGGUGUCGCCGAAACGGAGGAGCUACAUGCCCAGCUGAAGCCUAAAGAUUAAGGGUCUCGACAUUGCAUUCCUCACUACCAUCCUUCACUCGUUUCCGCUGAAGUUCCUGCUGUAUUGUUGUGGUUCUUUUGGAGCGUUCCACUCGUUUCCAAGUAGGAAAAGGGUCACUCAAGGAUCAUCGGAGGAAUGCAAUGGCGCAACCUCUAGAAAGAGUGGAUGGAAAAAGAACGUAAGUCCGAGUCAGGACCAACACUAUUCAACAGGGAGCCUCACCUUUUUUAAGGCAUCGAGUAUGAUGGUAGUCCUAGUGAAUGAUGAUCCUAGUCCUAGGUAGGUAGUUAGCUCUUUCUUUUUUGAGUAGUUGUUGUCUGAAUUACUUAUCCUCAGGCUCAUUCUGCAGGAUCCAUAACCCCACAAAAGAACUAAGGUAAAAAGUGUUGUUGUAGUAUCAUCUAAUACAACGACGCAAAAGGAAACUAGAAGUAGCAUAAGGCAACCCUGUCAUUCAUAAAGACGCAAACUAGAUAUAACGUUACCUGAUUCGGCAAGUUCGGAAAAGCUUCUUGGCCAGUCCUCUCACUCUCUUUCUAAAAAACCUGAUACUGCGUCACUGAUUGAAGCAACCUCAAUAUUGAGGUUUGAUAUCAGAUAUAGUACUAUCUAACAGAGUAAUAUUAAGAUGAUCGACGAACUUUAGCUGCCUCUUCUAAUUUUUGGAGGCAAGCUUACUACAGUCUAUAUCAAUAUCUAAGCAUACAGUUUGAGUUUGCCUAUCUUUUUAGAUCUCUAACUUCUGGAGGCAGACUACAGUCUUUUCGCCUUUGCGAAUGCGGGGCCGGCUUUCCCAGUUUGGGGGAUGAAUGCUGAAAACUUGGCUGACAAGACACCGCGACCGCAAAGUCCUGACAUUAAGGCUCAACAAUGCAAUUCAUUUCUAGAAGCAGUUCACUUCUACAAGCCUUUUUUUUGUAGUGAGAGCGAGUUCCGUGAAGAACCUACAUGAGAAUUAUUCUCCCUCGUUCCUUCUACUUAGGAUCGAUUCGGAGAAAUUGAAAUGUGCCCAAGAAUACGAAAUAUCUUGUCACCAGUCUUGAGGCCUUUCUAAUGGGAGCUAUCUCGUCAUGUGGCAUCCGUAUGUUUUGGAUCUUAGAGGCGGUUCAAUUGGGAGAAUGCUGCGACCUCGUCUCACACAUAAAACCAUGCAAAUGCUCGACGAGCGACCAGACAAGCAAGAAAGCACAGAGCAGAAAGACAAAGUUACGGGUAGUGUAGUUUCCAUGAUUCAAUAUUAUUACAUGCACGACAUGAUCAUCCACCCCGCCCACAAACAAGAACAGCAUUUUCCUGGGCCGGCUUUUUUCAAGUACUUUUAUUCGAAAUCCUGAGAUAACCAAGUAGCUAGCUGAAGUGGCCGAGUCAUAUCUGAGAAGAUUAAAAAUCUCAUCAGCCUCUGCUUGUCUCCUUUAAGAAAGAGCUGAUCACAUCCGACGUACAAUCAGUGGAGUUGCUACCUGGGCUUCCCGUUCGUGUGCGAAGCGACAUCGAUGUAGCCCAGACGUCCUACCUAGGUGGCAUUCGUAGGGGGGUCGGGUACAACGACAAAAAUUAAGGCUUCUUUUCCUUCUUGGCUUCGUCUUUACCACCCCAAGUAACUAAGUAACGAAUAUGGUAAGUAACGAAUAUGGACCAAUGGAUUACAACAUGACAGACUUGGAGUGGUCCAUCGAUGAAUCCAUCGAUCUAAAGGGCAAUUUACUUCUUAGAGUGACUAGUUCUACGACUACUAGGGUUCAUCUCCCCUCUAAAAAAAGUUCCAAGAACAAUAUGACAACAGCAACAAUAUUUUGCGCUGGAGGAUGAAGGCGGACCGCACUGCCAACGACGAAGGCGCGGGGAGAUGGGCCUCGAAGACCUAUUGUUAAGGCUCUCACUAAUCCAUCUCUUGUUAAGCCUCUCACGAACAGCAUGAGCAUGUUGCCUCCAAAAAGAUUAUACAAAGGAGAUGCUCACGCAUAGCCUUGAGGGAUUUCCAGAGGGAUGGCGAACUACAACUAGGGGAAGGUCUAAUAUUGGCGAAGGAUCAAAGUGCCGACGUCACUCAUUGUGAAGAUUAUGGGACCUAUAGAAGCAUCUAUAGAUACAAUGAAGCGAAUGCACAAGUAGCAGAAGAGCUACUCUAUAGCGAACGUCGCGAACUUGUGGUCGUCAUAUAGUACAAUGAUGCAGAGCGAUUGGCAAAAGUGAUAAUAUUAUAGAAUUGUAAUUAGGUCUGCUCCACCAAUGAUAUAGAAGUAGAACAACAUGACUUACAUCUAUACAAAUGCCUUGCCGUUACUUCUCGAGACGCGCUGACGAUGAUGAGUAAAGUAUUAACGUCAGAAGUGCAGGACUACAACUCGCGUCCCAAUCUCUUGACUCAAGGUCGUGCAAAACACAAUCACCACUAAAACAACUAGUCACCAUCUUAGAUAUUUAGUUAUAGAUGGUGACUACUAAAUAAUCCUUUAAUAUUUCACACACUACCUUCUAACAAAGGCGAGGAGUUGUGCUUUACAAAAAAUUCAGGAUGGCUCCCAAACUACGGCUCGAUAACAGUUGUCGACACGACUGGGGACAAGAACAAAGAAAAAAAGACUGUUAAGGCUAAAGUCUAAGACAUUGUCAAUUAUUUUAAUUCUUUCAUCAGAGACUAGACUGAUGUCCUUUCUACACUCUUACUCCACCGAAAUACUGAUCUUAGAAAGUCCUAGGCUCAUCUUAUUAUUUUAAUUCUUUCAUCUAUUCCUUUGAAAUAACGAUGUUGGCUUGGAGUACCUUAUAAAAUUAUCCUGAAAAAUAAGUUGAGAACUAUACGGUCUAAUGCAGGAAGGCAGGCUCGGAAGGAACGUUAAGGCCAGGUAGAUAGACUCAUGCUCAUGGUGUACUGUAGCUGAUCCUGAUGCUGAUACCCGGUAAAAAUUUACCUCAGUCUUAGCUAAUGUUUUAGUUUUCAGUUUCAACCAACAGGAUCUAACAAACUUAGGAAAAGUUGAAAAAGAAGACAUAUUUUGAAAGUGUAAGUAAAUGAUCUGAUUUCAGGGAAAGCGGAUAGUUUUCCUUAGUAUAAUAUCUGGCACAUGUUCAUGUUCUGUUUGGAGUGGUGGACCCUCAGCCUUAACCGUAGCCUUGUUCUGUUUACAUGUUGACUUUUGUUGAGUUGGAAGUCAAGAAAUGUUGACCGUCUUCCGUCCUCCGCUGGCUUUGUGGGAGAAUAGACUAGUCUUCAUCUUCUUGCUCUUAUCAUUUUGAUGGUGAACAGGGGAACUCGAUCAUGUAUGUACUAUCUAGUUUUCUUCUUGGAUUCUGUUCAGAGGAGUAGAUGUUGAGUACUACGCAGUCUAACGGUAGAAGUGCUAGGUAUAUCAUUUGGAGAACAACUUCAAGUAGAUGAUGAAUUAAAUUUAGAAACUACUUGUUAUUGAAAUAAGUAGAAAAAUGCACUUUUCUGUCAAGAAAAGUAAAACAGGUAGGCCUAGGCGAUGAAUAAUUCAUCAUGAACCCUCUAAGACAGAAUGAAAAAAAUAUUGAAGACAGUUAGUGUGCAUGAUAUGGUCGAAAGCGAUACCACUUCCGACAAAACGAAUGUUAAGGCUAUCGGUCAAUCAAUCAAUCAAUCAAUCAAAAGCAACCUCCGUAACCAGCAAAUAGAUCGCGCGUAUAGCUAUAGUCAGGCACGUCAACAAGCCAGUCAGUCAAUCAAUCAGCGCAAGGCUAAGGCUAUUCCUUUUGUCUUUAACUACAAUCGCAAGAGAAGUCCGGCAUUGAGGUACCAAUGUAACAUUAUUGACAUGACGAUCGUAGGUGUAAGACUCUUCCGCCAUGCUCUAACUCUAACUCACCUAAGAAAAAAAAAUAUAUCUUCAAGAACCAAAACCAUAUGCAGCUUCAUGUAUGGUUCUGGUAUUUGGUAGCCUGAAUUUGAUCCUAAGGGAAAAAGCUUUCUCUCAAGCAGAAAAUUCAAUCAUAAUCAAAGACAUGGAAUUUUUACUAAAGCUAAUUUAGACUGAUUUAUUUGCCGCAUCUUACAGGUGUUUUCGUUUUCCUAGGGAAUACUAAGUACGUAGGCUUUCUUCUACAUUUUCUACCGGUCAAAAUGAGUAGAACGUAAAACAUGAUGACAAGAACAAAGUAGAAGUUUAGAGCAAUGCAACUAUCUGCCACAGGUUAUUACAACUACAAGUAUCUCCCCAGUAUAGUUUCGUGUUUUAAAAGUGAAUCACGAUCACUGAGGACAACUAACUUUUUAUAGAACGAGCAGUUUUUCAUUUUCUCUUUGAUGGCUUCUCUUUCUUCUAAGGAGACGGCGGACAAAAACCCGGCAGAAAAAAAACGCCCUACUUGGGUUCGUAUCAAGAGUCUCGAUGAUCUGGAAAAGGCUGUUCAGGCCUACGUAGGGGCUUACGCGGUGAGGGAGAACGCAAAUAAAUGGUGCUACAAUCCGGGCCGCGCGCGAAAUGAUAAUGAUAAUAAUAAUAAUCCUUCCGCGGCAAAGGGAGAAGUUAAAAAUGUUAAGGGCUGGAGGAAAAAACUUCAACUCAGACUGUUUUUUAUUUGUUGUAAAGAAAAUACCAGUAUCUUCAGCAGCCACUCAUGUCUACCAGUUUUCCUGGUAGGCCCACACAUAACGUAACCCAGUAUCUUGCAGAUUUCUUGAUUGAUAUCGUGACUUUGUAUAUCGUGCUAGGAACAUUAUUGAGGCGAUGCUUUUGAUGCUAUUUCGCCGUGUGGCAUUUUCGUUUUUGAUACUGGCGAGUCGGUAGUUACGCCUAGUGUCGGUUGUCUUCCCUUUUGUUUGUUUGUCGUGCUCAAAUUAAUGGGUUUUAGGAGGGCUACGGGGUUUCUUGCGUUAGGUUAUUUACUUCACCCUUUGGAGUGUGAUUGUAUCAAAUAUUGCUAGGGUUCACGAGCUCGAGCCAAUAAGGUUCGGGAAAGCUGGUGGCUCCUUCUAGUAUCAGAAUCAACAGGCACCUCGCAGGCAAACGGCGGCCGAAGCACGAUCGCUAUCCAGGCGCGUUUUUGCUUUCAGGGAAUGCAAAGACGCGCCAAACAAUAAAAAGAAGAUCUCAAGGACCAAAAAGCACAGGGGUUUUCUGGGCCCCCCGUGUCACAGCAUGCAUCUGCAUAAGCUGUGGCACACUUGAGGGGAUGCAGUAUAUAGCCUGCAGCCACCUCGCCCAUCUUGGCAACUUCGGUGAAGUCAUGUUGGAUUUUGGACACUAGCCUGGUGCUUGGCCGAUCGUUGUACAAGGGGUGCCUAACCCAUGAUAGCUUCUGUGCAUGAUUGUCUUCGAGGUAGUCUUUAGGAACUGCGACAGGGACACACACAUAUGAUAGGAACUGUGGCAUGACUUUGGUCUUUCUCGGUCCAUUUCACACUGUUAGCAUAUUAUUAAGCACUUAUAAGUGUUUGUUAGUGAUGGUGGUCCAUAUAGUGAUGCGUUUUUUAGCGAUCCCUCUGUGGUCGCAGGGUACGCGUUUCCGUGGACGGCGAGUGACUUCCUAUCCUAUACCCAUCCCGAGCGGGAAAGAUAAAAACGCCGAACUAAAAGCAUUGUAUAACUACAGCAUAUUUUUAGUUAGGCCUUAAGAACCUUCGCACGGCUAAAGACUUCCUCGGAGAGGAAAAAAUACGACUUAGAGAGGCUCUAACUUGAAAAAGCCCGAAGAAUCAGACCGCACGAAGCAAGCGAUGCUCGUGGUGUAUCGACCUGGAGCGAAGAACUUUGCUUGGUCACCCAAAAACGAACCUUGGUUAUGGUCCAGGUCAUCAACAUUUAGUAAGAAUAUUUUUACGAGGGAGGAUGAAAGUAUACUAGCUUAUCACAAGCCCCUAUAAUUGGAAGAUGAUGAUCUAAAGCAUCUAAAGCCUUUAGCAAGAUGAAUAAAUUAAUACGAGUGGUGAAAGUCUAGCUUGUUAUAAUAAAUAUAUAUGAUCCUGAUCCAGGGCCGCACGCCCCCCCCCCCCCCCCCGAUGUGGUCUGCUGUGUGGUGGCGCGCCCGCGCGCUUUUCCAGCUUUUCCGCGCGGAUUUUUCGCGGGUUCUAGUGGUGAGAGGCGUCAAGACUUGGCGCGGGCCUCCCCUUGGGCCUCUCAGCGUGUUCCAAAAGGACCGCCUGGCCUCUGCUGGCCCUCGCAGGCGGGAGGCCUCCGGGGUAAAAGGCCGCCGGAGGCGGCCACGGUCACGAGAGCAACCAAGCCGAUGACCAAGGGCCCGAGGGUCCAGCCCCUUGCCUUUUGCCGUCUUCGGGGGCCCUCCGGUGGACUGUUGCGGCGGCGAAGCCAAACGGAUGCACUGAGGUCACAGGCAGGCCCUCGGACGGGGGCGCAGGCGAUCCCUUGGGCCCCUUUUGAAGCCUCCCCCCUCCAUCGGCGGCCCCUCAAGUCUGUAGGGUACACGCAAACGAGAAGAGGGCCGCCCCUUGGCCCCCUUUUGAGGCUUUCCGCCCCCGGCAGACGCCUCCCAAAGGGGUCCCGGGCGCUCGGCUCCCCCCCGCUAGGGGGGGGCCGUCGCCCCGCGCCCUGGAACAUAUAUAAGUAAGCUUUUAUUGGAAGAUCUAUCCUGAAGAUAGCCUAAGUUUUGUUGAGAUCAUCACCUCGAAGUCAUCUUAGAUGAUGAUCUAAAUCUGUGAUGUACUUUAGCUUUGCUUUUAGUAAGAACGUUGCGUUUAAGUAUUUUAUAGUUAUACAAGGAAAAUAGAGUAUUUUAGAAGUGCUGUCGUGCAAGAAGAUUGAUGCUGAACAACCUUUCGAAGACGAGUGAGUCAAUGUACUUGGCUCUAACUUCGACGCCGGCCCAAUGAUUAACUUAUAAUUCUUCAGUCGAUAGUACGACCUCUUGCACUGCUUUUUGGUUGGCCGCCACUAGUGUGUACUUCUAGUACUACUUCAAUACGUAGAUGAUGAAAGACUUCAAUAAUAAUAAUAGCUGACGAUUACUUUUACUUCAGUACAAAAAUGCACUACGUAAGAUGUAGACUCAAAAAGUUGCUAGAUAAGUGGAGGCGCCAUGACGUGACCGCUUCAGGAGCUGCCUCAUCUCGCUGAGGGUUGAGAAGAAGGGGCUUCUACGUGAGGCGCGCCAUGACUUACUUACGUGACUUCUCAUUCUCUAAUGUAUACACCGGGGAACGCAGUUGAGAAAACGCAAACGGUUUCCCUCCAGCAUAUGCAAACUGGUGUGCUACAAACCACCUCGUUUGGACCGAACCAAGCGCAGGACUGUCGAGUCCAGGCAAUUACUAUGAAAGCAUGAGCUUGCAUUUGAUGAAAGCCACUAUACUUGUCUCUAGAUUUUUUACUUAAGUGAAAUCUUAUCUAUGUGUCUUCACGAAUCCCAUUUGUUACAGUUUAAAUUUGCUUAGGUGAGUUGUAGUUAUUACAGUGUAGAUCUACUUAGGUGAAGUCUUAUCCUCUAUGUUUCUACUUUUGUAAUUUGUCGUCCAGCACUCAGAAGAUUGGAUCUCGCCGUCACGUUGCAAAAGGGGAUCGCACUCGUAUGCUACCCUGUUUAGUAUGAUACGGAGACGACCCGAGAGCACCCACGCAACUUAGUUUAGUAUCACUACUUCUACUGAAACGAAGUUAGUAAGUACUAGUAGGAGGUAGACGUAGAGCUGCUAGUAGGAGUUGAACUUCAAGAUACUUGAGAGUAACGAUCUUCAUAGUAACGAUCUUCGUCUCGAGUCUCAAGUACUAGUAGGAAACUAGGAGAUAGAGCUGAUACUUAGUCUAGCAUCACUGCUGCAUACUACCUUACUAAACCAAAUGAGCUUCAUGAUCAGGUAGUAAGUAGCAGGAGGCAGAACUGAAGAUAUUUAUUAGUCCGCUCGAAAGAACUAUUGAUACUUACUAGAUGGUAUUAUGGAAACUGAUACGACUAACGCAGCUGGGGCGUGUACGUAACUACUACCUAGGAAAUCGGUUAGUAGGCUUUGUGUUACUGGCUAAAAAAAGAUAUGACGACAAGAAUGAAGUAAAAGUUACAACUACUGACACUGACGCUCGUAGCACAAGAAGAAGUGUACUUAGUGCCACUAAUGGCACCGAGUCAGAAGCUUCAUAGUCGUGAGCGCUUAUCUCUCCGUACUAGGUGAGCCGAACCCUAUCCCGUCUUAGAUCGUCUACGCCUCACCCUAAGAUUUUUGUUUUUGUAGCUGAAGAGCGGACUCACUUAGAAGUUUUUGUUUUUCUAUAAGAGACAGAAGCUGUACGUGUACUUCAUUUAGUAUCACUAUCAGGGGCUAGUAGUUCUAAUUCUUUUUAAUUUUAAUUUUUGUUUUUAUAGAAGUUCUACUUAUACUUAAUUUUUUUGAUCUUAAUAGAACUCCUCCAACAGUUGCUCCGCCGAGGUGGAUGAGAUGCAUGAGAAGAUCAAUAAGAUGAAGAACGCGGAGUUCAAGCUGUAUUCAUUGCCGGAAAUAUUCGGCGACGAAAAAUUACGGUCAGCUCUUAUCCGUCUUUCUCAGCAUCUCGGUGCCCGUUUUCCUUGUAUUUCAUGGGAAGGGGGUCGAGAUGAUGGGGCCGAGAUGGAUUCAGGCACAGGCUGGCUCUAAUAUAAGCCAGGUCAUUCCCUUCCGAAUAUAGCCGAUGCCUCUGUCGC